UCCCCUCCGCAGCCCGGCGCUUGCCAGGCCGAGCUUGGGCAGGAAAGGGGAAGGGUGUUUCUUCUGGAAUGGAGGGUGUGGGAGGCAGGCGAGCCUCGGGAGGGUGAGGGGCCACGUCCUGAACCAAACUGGGAGGCUGGAGUCGCUCGGUGGAAGGAGCAUGAGGAGGAGUCCCAGGGCCCCAGCCGCGCGUUUUGCUGGCGAGCAAGCUGAAGUCCAGAAGUGGCUUGCCCACGGUCACACAGCGAGUAAGCAGCACAGGAUCAAGAUGACCACACCCACCCCUUUGGGGGGCACCACCUUCUUCUCAUUGAACGUGACCACCAGAGAGGAUGACUUUCUGUACAAGAGUUCUGGAGCCAUCGUUGCUGCCAUCGUGGUGGUGGUCAUCAUCAUCUUCACCGUGGUUCUGAUCUUGCUGAAGGUGUACAACAGGAAAAUGAGGGCGAGGCGGGAGCUGGAGCCCAAGGGCCCCAAGCCAGUCUCCCCUUAUGCCCAAGGCCCAACCAGCAGCAGCAGCCAACACCCUGCAUCUGUGACCUUCUGCCCUCCUGACGUCCACAUGGAGACGCGGUGACCCCCACCCUGGUGCUAUCUCGGCUACCGUCUGAAGAGCCUUCUCCAGUCAAGACCAACAAGCACGUUUCUCCUUUGGCAGCUUCAAUACGAGUUCCUUCCAGUCAGAUCAACAGGGGCAUCUCAUUCAAUCCCUGAAGCUUCAGACAACCCCCAACCCCAUCCUGCCCUGCCCUCCCCACCCUGACUGUGUCCUGUGUCCAUGUCCCUGCUGCCACCUUACCAAAAAGCUGUGGAAUACCCUUUUGUCAUCUGGGGAGGUAGAGCUAUGAAGGGAAUCCAAUGAUGUGGGUUUGGCUCUCUCCCCUCAAAAAUGAUAGCUAGACAGACAGACAGCCCAAGAGUUUUCUGGUCAGGGGUCAGGGGUCAGGGCAUGCUCCCGAGAGUGCCACAUCUGAGUCAUGUCAGAGUAAGGGCCAUAUCCACAGCUUUGCAGGGCAAACUAUCCAAUCCCAUAAUCAGGGGGACUAACUGGACUAACUCACCAGGAAACCAGCUCAUUAAUUUGUAACUUAUUCCAGUACUAGGUGACCGCUAACUAGCUCGGGAUGAUUGAUUGGUCAGCACACCUUUCCCUCUUUAAGAAAGGUGGAAGAGAACACGGAAUUCUUCUCUGAAGGGUUCUAAUCAUUAGUAAGAGUCAGAUUGGAAAGCACAGGGUGACCUUGAGGAUUAAUCAAGGACUCUAGGACUCACCUACCGAUUGCUGCUGUUUCUAUGGGCCUGGAACAGACUGGUGGCUGCUCAGAGCCCCUCCUUCGGCUCUCGGCAGAUUAACCCAGGUUCAGCCUCGUUUCUUGGCUCCCCUCGAUUUGCAUUCUGAACAACCCUCGCUCUCGGGUUAACACAUCCACUGGAGAACCAGUGUUUGGACAGAUUAGAUUACAGCUCUGUUUGUGUUACCUGUGCCCUUCCUGGUCUCCUUGCAGAAUUCUAUUCAGGACACUUUCAAAGUACCUCGCUCACAACUUAUUUCUCUGUAGAGAGCUGGCCUCUUUGACUUCUUAUCCUCGACUACAAUCUGCCAAGAGGGGGAAGCAUUUUGGAGUUAAGAAGACCCUACUUCCUGGUGUGUGACCUUGGGAAAGGGACUUGACCUCUCCUUGUCUGGUUUCUUGACCUUGAAGUGAGAAUGAUAAAAUCUGCCUCACAGAGUUACAAUAGCAAGUCCUGGUCUCAGUAAAGCAGCUCUGAUCGUGCCUGGCACCAGCAAAUGCUUAAUGAAUGGGAGCCGGCACUGCUGUUACGAUAUUUCUUCAAUUGCAGAGCAUUUUUUUUUUUUUUUUUACAUUUUAAUGAUUAUGAACUCAGCAUGUGUCUUAAAAUUGAUGGGUCCCUUAAUGUAGUUGUUCUGUCUCUCUCUCUCUCAGCUGUUUUUAAAAUCAAUUGUGCAUCUUAGAAUGGAAGGCAUCUUGAAAACAAGGUAAUCAAUCCUUAUUCUGUUACCAAAAGUGACACACUCUGACACUUACCUUCAAUUCUCGGAAUCUCUCCCUCAUGGGAUUAGAAUCCCUUUAGAGGAGAAAUUGAGGAUCAGGGAGGUAAGAGGACUGACACCUGGGUCACCCUGCUCAUGCCAUCCCACCACAAAAGUGCUCACUUAACUGUGUCUGGAGAAAUACUGGCAAAUUCUUCCUCCUCAGACACCUUUUCUCUGUAUUGUGUUUGGACAUCCACCACAUACCAGGCACAUUGCAAGGUGCUUUCCUAUGAGAUAUGUUAUAGGGUUUAUUUUUCCCCAUAACCUCGGACGUAUUCUUUUUUCAUUCGAAGAUAAGAAUCUCAGACUCAAAGAGAAAAAAAAUUCUUGUCCAAAGUCACACAGCUAGUAAGUCUCAUAGACUCAAACCCAGGUCUCUUUGACUCCAAAGUCCACCUUUCUGUUGGAUCACACUCUUCUCCACCAUCCUGGCUCAAAGAACAUGGAUUCCUUUGUGGACUGAACAAGGGGCCAGGCUUGUCCAUGUGUCUGAGUGGAGGCCAGGGGUCUGGCUUCCAAACCCGAAAGCCGGGCAGAGCCAGUUGGUGACUCUUCUUUCUAAACCCACCAGAGCUCAAAUGAUUCCUGCUUCAUCCCCCUUCCCCCCUCCCCCCCACUUAGACCAGGGAGCAGGUGUGGAACCAGGGCAAAGCCAUUUCUCUAGGACUCAGGCUCCAAAUAUGUUACCUAAAUGUAUUCUGCUUUAAAAACUUUUUUUU